AUGGCUGAUUGGAUCAAGGAGGGAGCCCACCUCAUCCUCGUGGGCUCGUAUACGCGCGCCAUGCAUGAGGUGUCGACGGAUCUCAUCAGACGCGCGAGCAAGAUCGUGGUCGACUCGCGAGAACACUGCAUGCUCGAAGCAGGAGAACUCAUCGAAGCAGAGUUGGAUGGCGAACGCGACUUGGUAGAGUUGGGAGAACUCGUCGAUCCGAGUGGGAAGCCUCUGGCUGCUCGUAUUGCACCAGCCACCCAGGGCUCGAUUACCUGCUUCAAAUCGGUCGGGUUGGCCAUGCAA